AUGGCUCGUCUUUCAACAAUCUUGGAACAAACUGAAGUAGAAGAUUCUGCAACUGUUGAUGAACCUGGACAAGUUCGAAAUGCGCAACUUUCCGAGAAACCUGCUGAAACUCGGCCAAUGGAAGUGUUCAAAUCGGUUAGUUGAUUUUUUUUUCCUAAUGAUUUUUUUCUUUCUUCAAAUUCCAUUUUUCAGAAAAAUCCCGAGAACCGCAAGUUCAAAGUUUUUGAAGAUUCCGAGGAUUAUGAGUUUGACAGCGAUUUUUCUGCUUCAUCAAUUCGAUCGAGAAUCGCGCGCGAAAGACCAGAAGUUACACAAAAUGCUCCAGCAAUUCUUCCUGAUGAAAGUGUUCAACCAUCUCCAGAAUACACUCCGGAAAACGUGUCAGAAAAUCGGCGCAUUCUGAAGGAAUUUCGAGGUGCUAUGACAUCGGAGCCUGAUUCAAGAUCGUUGACACCAAGUUAUGACGAAACUGGAUCGAUUGUUAUGGAAGCUUCGGCGAAGUUGAAGAAUUGUAAUCGGCGCUUGGUUUUCGAUAAACUUGUUGCUGAAAAUCCGCGAGCAUCCACUGAAAUUUCGCCGAAUGUACUGUUGGAAUCUGGAAAUCCGCCGAAUCAAUCAGCAGAACCCCAGUCGCUUCUGCCACCAACUGAAGCUGCAAAUCCAGAAUCGCCACCAACUGAACCUGAACGACAAGCUGAAGCUGAAAUUCCAGAUGAAAGUUCUCAAAAGUCUCCAAAAUCGACAAAUUCAAAUGAUGUAGGUUUUUUUUCUGAAAAUUUCCUCAAAAUGUCUUGAAAAUUUGAGCAAAAAACUUACUAAACUCCAUAUUUUCAGCAAUUCGCGAUCGAUCGAAAUCAAGUUGAAAUGAGAGAGGAAUCAGAUGAAUUCACUCCCGAAGACGUGUCGGAAAAUCGGCGAAUUUUGAAGGAAUUCCGAGGUGCGAUGACUUCGGAGACUGGGUCACGAUCAUUGACACCUAGCUAUGACGACACAGGAUCGAUUGUUCUGGAAGCUUCGGCAAAAUCGAAGAAUUGUAAUAGGCGCUUGAUUUUCGAUAAACUUGUUGCUGAAAAUCCGCGAGCAUCCAGUGAAAUUUCGUCGAAUCAAUCAGUUGAACCCCAGUCGCCUCUGCUACCAACUGAAGCUGCAAAUCCAGAAUCGCCACCAACUGAACCACAAGCUGGAGCUGAAAAUGCAGAUGGAAGUGUUCACAGUUCUCGAAACACGGCAAAUUCAAAUUCGUCGUCUCCUCUCCAAUCACCACGUCAUGUUGUAAUUGAGCAACAGCCAAUCUACCGUCAAUUUCCAGUCCUCGAUAAUGGCGAUGUAGACAUUGGCGAUUAUUUUGUUCCCAACGAGAUGUGGACAAAUUGGAAGGCUGUGCAGGAGGUUUUGGUGCAAACGAGCCCGCAAACUGUGGAAAAACCAAUAAUUUGCGCCGAACCAACAGCUUCCACAAGUCCAAAUCCACCAAUAACCAUCAGACUGGCCAGAAAAGACGGUUAAGAAAGAGGUGGAGGCGGACUGGGUUGAAUACAAAGGCGCAUUGAUUCCCCGUGCCGCUUAUCAUCAUUAUAUUGCUCAGGAUGCGCUGAACAAUUUCGACGACGAUGCACCAAAUAAUUUCGAUCAACCGAUGGUUUUGUCGCCAAGAGCAUCGACUGCGCGACCUGUCAACCGAAAGCGCCGAGCAUGCUUCAGUCCUCCAGAAUCAGCACCAGCGGCGAAAAUUGCAAAAAAGAGAAGAUGGCGUGUUCGACGAGUUCUCCACAACAACAAAAGCAAGCCAAAAAAUCCAAGUCAAAUCAAUCGAGGAGGCAAACGAGAAAUUGAUUGA